AUGAGUUCUUAAGGUUAAGUUUUGGUAGGCAACACAAAUAAUUAAAGCAAACCUUUUGAAGAGGGAUCUUUGAAAUUCUAUAUUAGCAGCUAUGGAGAUUAUGAUUAAAUGUUUUAGAAAUUUUUUAGGUUAUAAAAAGAGAGCUUAUUAGAAAAAAAAGAAAUUUAAAAAGUUAUGUAAACAUAAAUUGCGCACUCAUAUGUGAAUCAUGCUUUCUUAACAUUAAAAGACAUUCCAUUUAUUUAGAGCAUUUAAAAUACAAGAAUUCACAUUCCUGCUUCUAUUACCUUAGCUAAAGGUUUAUCUGCUACUUCAAGCGAUAAACCAUCGACUUAAUACAUGGUUUUAAAUGGAGUUAAUAAUAUUAGUUAUGAUGCUAAUCAUUACUAGUAAACAAGAACUAUAUUUUAAAAUGUAUGCACAGUUAUAGGAUAAUCAUUCAAGAAAGGAUAUCUGUUUGACACCAUCAAGCUGAAAGAACUUCAUGUUUAGUUAGUGACUCUUUCAUUUUAAAUAUCAAGCUAUUUAGAAAGUCUAUGUUAUAAUUAGCAAGAAGAACUAGUUAAUAGCUUUUGUAAGACUUUGAAUGACUUCUAAACUCACAUACAUUCAAAAAGCUCAUCAACAGCCAAAAAUAAAAUAAUAGGGAUGCCUUUACAACAUUAAAGUCAAAAUUAUGUAAGAAUAGAAAAAUGGAUGAAAAGAUUGAAAUUCGCUAUUAAGCCUUUGAUAGUUGAGUGGAUUUUUAGGAAUUAUAAAAGUAUAUAUAAAAAUAUACCUAAUAGUCAUUCUAACUUAUUAAAUUAUAAGUAUUUAUAGCUUAAAAUGAUUUAAGUAUAGGUUAAGCAAAUAUAAGAAAAUAUAGAUUUAAUUAGAAAUAAAGUUAUCGAGCAAAUAUGUAGAAUUUGUGAUGCAAAGAUUAACAUAAAUAAUAUAACUGAGCAUUCAAAAACAUGUUUAGAAAAGGCUAAUUAAAAAAAAGAAAUUUUAGAAUUAGAUAUUAAGUUGAGUAAGAUUGUUGAAAAAGCAAUAGAGAUGCGUCAUAGCAACAAGUAGAACAUCUAAAUUGAAAUGAGAAGAAAAAAUAAAGAAGUUUUAAAUAUAAUAGAAGAAGAAUCUCCUAGCUAAGGACUCAUUUUAGAUUAAAAUUCAAGCUAAAAUGAUGAAGGUAGCAAAUAAAGGCUUGAUAGUUUACCUUUCAUUGACGAUGAAACUGAAAAUAAAAUAGAAAAAGUUAUAUAAAAUAGCUGCAAUAGUAUUCCUUCUUCAGUAGAGGAUCAUGGAUCUCUUUCUUGUUCAAACAGAACAAAAGCUGGAGUGAACGACUAACAAAUUACAUUUAACUCAAUGUUAUAAUCAGUACCUUCGAGAAAGAGUAAGCUAUUUCGCUAAAAAACCUUUGCAGAAGAUACUAACAGGAAGUAAUAGCCUUAACAAAUUUUAAAGAAAUAAAACACACUAAACUAUUCAUUAAUUGAUGAAGAUAACUUGCAAGAAUUCAAAAAAAUAAGUCUAAUUUUAGAUAGCAUUAUAAGUUAUGGAGAAAAAAUUGUGAAUACUCAAGAAAAUGAUAUGAAUGUGAAAAGGGACAGAGAGGUGAAAGACAUGGCUGAUGAUGCUUUAUAAUAAAUUUAAAAUGAUAAAAUUAAAGUUUUAAUCUCAGAAUUUAUAUAACUUACAGAUUAAAGAAUCAAUAUCUAAGUUAAAUAAUUAAAAAAUGAUAACUAAUAAACAUCUAAGAAUACUGCUAAUCCACUUAUUAUGUUUAAGGGGGCUUCAGCUUCAUUAAAUAAAAAUAAAUUUUCUGAUUUUGGAAAAAAAUUUUUUGAAAAAAAGGCUGCUAUAGAGUAAUCAACUAAUAGUAUAAAUGAGUGUAGCGAUAAUGAAGAAGAUGAUUCAAAACAGGGUAAAGUUUAAUAGCCUAAAGAUUCACCAUAAGUUAAUACAGAAAAUAAAGAAUAAAAACCUAAAGUAAGUAUCAUGAGUAAAAUAAAAAAAAUUCCAAACACAAGAACUGUAACUGUAAGCACAAACGAAACAGUAAGUUCUAAUGGCAGUAUCAACUAAAUUUCAACUUAAAAUUCUUUAAGCUCCCAGAAUAAAAUACCAUCUUCUAAUCAAGAUAUUUAAGCACAACCAAAUUAGAAUGUAAAUUCUUAAUCUACUUAGAAUGAAACAAUCAAUUAAGAUUAAAAAAUUGAAUCUACUGCUGCUAGCGAACCUCCUAAAGAAGCAGCUACUAAUGAUAAACCUAAAAAGAUGAUGAUGUUUAAUACUUCCAAAAUGAAUUCAAAGUUAUAAAAAAAUUAACUUGCUUCUCAGAAUAGUGGAAUAAAUAAAAUUUCUGCAUCUAUCAAUACAGAUGUAAGUACUUAUAAUAGUAAUAAUCAAAAUUAAUUAUAAAGUAAUAACCAAAGCACUUAAUAGUAGUAAUAAGAAUCAAUAAAUCCAAUUAAUAAUGAAAAGCUAGGACAAUAAGGUAAUUAAACUCAAAAUAACUAGGAAAAAAAAGUAGUUGAAGAUGAAGUAGAUAAUAAAAAAGCUGAACAAGUUAAAUAGAGCAAAUAACCAGAAAUUCACACAUCUUAGAAGUAGAUUCAAAAUAACUAAUAAGAAAAAGAAGAGAAAGAUGAUUCAAUAUUUGCUUUCCCAAUAUUAACAGAUAAAUAAUAUUAUAGCGAUUCAGAAGUAAUUAACAUAGACUCUAAAAAGAAAAAAGAUUCUCUUUCAAUUGGCUUUAACCACUUCGAAUUUGUUAGACAUCUCGGAGCAGGAGCAUAUGGCGGAGUUUAUUUAGUUAAAAAGAAAUCUUCAGGGGAUUUGUUUGCAAUGAAAGUGAUUGAUUGCUCAGGAAAACUUGAUAAAAAGUAUUUGGAGUCAUUGUAAUCUGAAAGAAAUGUUUUUGAAAUCAUUACUGGAGAUUAUGUUGUAAAAGCUUUUUAUUCUUUUGUGCAUGAAACUUACUUAUGCUUUGUACUUGAGUACAUGGUAGGUGGUGAUUUCACUCAUAUAUUAGAAAUGUACACUGCACUAUAAGAGUGGAUAGUGUAAAUUUACAUGGCUGAACUAAUACUGGCUGUUGAAUAUUUGCAUUCUUAGGGUAUUGUCCAUAGAGAUCUAAAACCGGAUAAUAUUUUGCUUGAUUCUAAAGGUCAUGUUAAAUUAGCAGAUUUUGGGUUAUCAGAGGUAGGUUUUAACUAAAAAUUAAACAGAACUGAAAAAUAGAAAGUUGCAGUAGAUAUAUUUGGGUCCAAGAAAGAUAAUGAAUCUAAAUAUAAAACAGAAUACUAGUUACUAAAGGGAGUAAAAAAAGAAAAUAAAAAGGAUAUUAUAGACUCUAAGGAUGAAGAACUAUAAUAAAAAUUGGCUGAAGAGUAGCUUUAAAAUAUUGUAUAGCAAAAAAAAAGAAUUAUUGGUACUCCUGACUAUAUAGCACCAGAAAUUAUUAAUGGUGAAUCUUCUAGUAAUCCCUCUCUAGACUGGUGGAGUGUCGGAGUUAUUAUGUAUGAAUUACUUGUCGGUAUUCCUCCUUUUAAUGAUAGCACAAGAGAAAAAGUAUUUGAAAAUAUAGUUAAUCGUCGUAUAGAGUUCCCCCCAACUGGUGAUCCAAAUGAAGACGAAAACUGUAUUUCAGAAGAAGCACAAGACUUGAUGGAGAAAUUGUUGACACUUGACCACAAGCAGAGAUUAGGAGCAAGAGGAGCAGAUGAAAUUAAAAAACAUCCAUUUUUUAAAGGAAUAGAUUUUGCUAAAAUUCGUUCUUAACCUGCUCCAAUAGUUCCAAAAAUGAUAUUGACUGAAGAGGAGAGAGAAAAGAGAGAAAAAGAUAAAUAAAAAUUGAAACAAUUUUUGGAAGAAUUAAACACCAAAAAGAAAAAUAAACAUAAAUCUGAAGCUGUAAUAAAGUUAACUAAUGAAGUAAAAAAUUUGGAAAGACUUGACUUACUAGUGAAUAAAAACGAGGAAGAAAAGCAGAAACUAGUUUAAGAAAGAGAUAAUUAGAUCAAAAAAGAGGAAAAGGAAUUGCUUAAAUACUAAUAAAAAAUACAAUUUUUUUAAAAUGAAGACUUUUCAAUAUUUUAAUAGAUUAGUUACUUAGACUCCUUAGAAAUUUGA